AUGGGUAAAGUUAUGAAGCCUGGAAAGGUUGUCCUCGUCCUCAGAGGCAAAUACGCUGGACGCAAAGCUGUCGUCAUCAAGCCACAAGAUGAGGGAGUGUCGGACAGAACUUAUCCACACGCCAUCAUUGCUGGAAUUGACAGAUACCCAUUGAAGGUAUUUCUUACAUAAGAAUUAUAAAAGAAAAUAUUGUUUUUUUUUUCAGGUCACCAAAGACAUGGGAAAGAAAAAGAUCGAGAAGAGAAACAAACUGAAGCCAUUCUUGAAGGUUGUUUCAUACACUCAUUUGUUGCCAACCCGUUACUCAGUUGACGUUGCUUUCGACAAGGCCAACAUCAACAAGGUAUGUUAUCUCAAAAAAUCCAGAAUUGACUUGUUAGUUUACUGAAACUAGUAUUUAUAAGUUAUAUUUAAAAAUCCCACUUUAUGAAACUUCAAAAUUCUUAUUGAAAAUUUUGAGGUGUAAUCAAUUUAUGAGUCAAUAUUGAAAUUCAGUUGAUAUUUGCCUCGUUUUAUAUAAACACAUCCAAAAUCAUAAGAUGAACUAUAGCACUCCAUGCGCGCGAGCAGCUCUUGAAAUCUUGUUUAUUUUUAGAAUAUAUAGGUGAUACGGUAGGACGUUUACGAUCAGGCCUGUGCCGGAAAAUCGAACCCCGGAAAACGGAAAGUCGGAAAAUUUCCGGAUUUUUUGAACCGGAAAUCCGGAAAAUUCGGAAAAUUUUUCAAAGUCUGAAAUUUCGAUUUCCAGCCUUAAGUUGGCACUAAAACUUUUUUUAUCUACAAUUCUUCUAUUCACAGGUAAUUUAGUAACUAUUUGAGACGUCUUACGUUCAAAAAAUAGUAAAAUUUGAAAAAUUGAAAAAAAAAUUUCCGAAAAUUUCAUUUUUUCUAUCAUAAGCUGAGAAAAUUUUCCAAAAUUUAGGCAAUUUUGAAAAUAUUACUACUAGAGAUCAUUUCCGGAUUUUCCGAGCACAUUUUCCGGAAAACCGGAAAAUUGAUUUUUCCGUGAAAAAACCGGAAAAUCCGGAAAUUCGGAAAAUUCGGAAAAUUUCCGGCACAGGCCUGUUUACGAUUAAGAGUCUGUAAGAACUUCUAAUUAUUUAAAAAAAAUAAAAUGUAUCGAGGAUGUACUCUAAUUUAUUUUGAAUUUUUUCAGGAGGCUUUGAAAGCACCAAGCAAGAAACGAAGAGCUCUCGUUGAAGUCAAAUCCAAAUUCGAGGAACGUUACAAGACCGGAAAGAACAAAUGGUUCUUCACCAAGUUGCGAUUCUAA